AUGUCGAAUCAGAAAUUCUACAACACUGCGAAGCAAGUUUUCAGCUCCUCCAGUUUUGCUUCAAAAUCCAACGAACACACAGCCGAUUUCAUCACCAAAUCCCUAAUCAAUUCGACCUCAAAAUCCCUAAACAUUCCACCAUCCCUAAUUUCAUCUCUUAAUCCCCAAAUAAUCCACCUUGUUCUCUCCAACCCACGCCUCCCCACCUUAUCCUGCUGGCGCUUCUUCAAUUUUCUGCAGACGAAUCGCUCAAUUGCCCCCCAGAAACCCAAUUUCGAAUCCCACGUAGCAGUUAUUCUCCGCCUGUAUGGAGUCCGGCGGUUCGCGGAGGCCAAGUGCGUCAUGAGCGCCGCCGUCGCGGACGACGAUGUCCGCCGCCCACUCCCGGAAAUAGCUUCGUUCGUCGCUGGAAAUGGCGUCGAACCCAAAGUAAAGACCAGGUUUUUCGAUAUGCUGUUCAGGGUUUUUGCCGACUGCGGGAGAUUUCGCGAGGGUUUGGAGGUGUUCGACUAUAUGGUUAAAUAUGGGUUUGUGAUUGAUGAGCGUUCUUGCAUGGUUUACUUGAUUGCGUACAAAAAAUUGGACCGGUUCGAGUCGUUGUACGAAUUCUUUCAAAAGAUGGUGGAAUCCAAUGUGAUUAUCACAGUUUAUGCGAUGACGUUGGUGAUCGACGGAUUGUGCAAACGAAAACAAGUCGAAAAGGCAAGGAAUUUGAUGAACGAUUUGGUUCGAAAGGGGGUUAAACCGAAUGCGUAUACUUUCAACACACUGAUUGAUGCUUAUCUGAAGAAAUCGGAUAGUAGAGGAGUCGAAGACGUCUUGGCCGCCAUGGAGAAAGCAGGGGUGGACUUCAGUGUGGCAACUUAUACUCUCUUGAUUGAAUGGCGUGCCAGAUAUUUCAAGAUCGAAGACGCACAGAAGCUGUUCGACGAAAUGCUCGAGAAGAAUGUGGCUGCAGAUAUUCAUGUCUACAACUUAAUGAUUAAUUUGUAUAGUAAGUCAAGUGAUGUCAAAAGGGCAUUCGCUCUGUUCGACGAGUUGGUGGAGAAAGGCCUCAAGCCGAACGCGCACAUUUACGGCUCGUUGAUACAUGCAGUUUGCGAAACGGGGAAAAUGGAGGGCACACAAGUGUUGCUCAAUGAAAUGCAAAGUAAAGGAAUAGACAUAAAUCGAGUGAUAUUCAACACAUUGAUGGACGGUUAUUGCAAGCAAGGAAUGAUUAACGAAGCUCGAAAGCUUCAAGAUGUUAUGGAGAGAAAAGGGCUACAAGCCGAUGUUUAUACGUACACCAUAUUCGCAAACGGCCUAUGCAAACUAAAGCAGCACGAGCAAGCAAAGACGUUGCUAUUCUCAAUGGUGGAAAAGGGUGUCGCCCCAAAUACAGUUGCUUACACAACACUAAUCGAUAUAUACAGAAAAGAAGGUAACUUUAUCGAAGCGGAAAGAAUGUUGAACGAGAUGGAGAAGAAGGGAGAAAAACCGAAUAAUCUGACGUACAAUUCUUUAAUAGAUGGAUACUGCAAAAGGGGUAUGAUGAAAGAAGCUUAUGUGUUGAGAAAGAAGAUGGAAGAUAAAGGGCUGGUUUUAGAUGUUUAUACGUACACAUCUCUUAUGCAGGGAGAAUGUAUAGACGGGAAUAUAGACGAGGCUGUGAGGCUCUUUGAGGAGAUGAAGGGUAAAAAGGUAAUUCCGAGUAUUAAGACUUAUACGGUUUUGAUGUCGGGGCUUUCGAAAGAGGGGAGAUCGGACGAAGCUUUUGGAUUGUACGAUGAGAUGAAAGAGGGUGGUAUUAGACCUGAUGAUGAUGUGUACUCUUCUCUUGUUGGCAGUCUGCACGGUGGUGAAACUUGAUCUGGAGAUUUACGUAUGAGAAUCGAGAAUCUGGUUGAGCUCGUGUUCUGUGGGACGCUUGUGUUGUAAACUUUAUAAGGGCUUCAUUUGUCCGAUUUCGAUUCAAAAUAUCCGAUUUUAGAAACAACAUAA